AGGGUCUAAGGGAUAGCCGAGAUGCUUCAUCCCCGGCAACAUUGAUGUGCACCAUUCAUAGGCAUACAUAUCCAGCCUGCUGCCGGCUAGGCGGCCUACGGACUUAGGUGUUCACUUGUCUUUGGACAUUUCCUACGAACCUUUUAAGCUAUGCAAAAAGCUAACUCGAUGCAUGCGACGCAUGGGCCUAUUUGCCACUCUCGCUUAUUUUCGCCUUUGGCCACGCCUAAGUGUCCUUUGUCUUCCCUUCACGUGUCUGUUACUUCUCUCUCUUCACCUAUUCACAUCUACGGCGACUUACUGGUGCUGUUUCCCUCCCCCCUCACGUGUACUAGGUAUAUGGUUGUUCGCGUUCAUCGACCUCGACAUGUUUGUUCCCUCUUCUCCUCGUCCCAUCUUGAAGAAACGCGUUUCUUCACACUCUCCUAGCAGACAUGACGGGGAGGUACGCGAUAUACGCUCUAGGGACUUGGCCGCUACUCGCAAAGCCGUACAAUUUUCGCCCGGGAAGACAUUGACACAGACUUUCCCUGCUCAUCCUCCCGACGUGUAUGAUCGUUCCCCCAUCAAGGUCUCCUUCAAUCAGUGUGAACUACCCCGAAGAAACGGAGGGGGUCGCGACCGCAGCCCUUGUCGUGAGCGUGGACGAUCGAGGAGUAUGUCUGAGGAUAUAUUUCCCAGUCCAAUACGUUCACCAAAAAUGCCCGGACUCAUUCAAUCCUUGCCUGUAUUUGAGGAAGAAGAAGACGACGACGACGAGGCGGACGGUGAUACGGUACCCCUUCGGUUUGGAAGGCCUAAUACUCCGCUUCCCGCUCUCAAUUUCAACGAAGAGGAUGAAGACGAAGACGACGAUAAGCUCCCACUUAUGCCCCUCAGCCAUACACCUACACUCCCACCUCUGGUCACUGAUAGUUCCGAGUCCGACGAUUCUGAUGUCAUAUCGACGUCCCCUCCUUCCGAGAGACAAUUGUCAUGGACUACCAGCCAGGAUGCGCUGCAAACCGCGUUCUCUAUGAUGAAUCUCAGGGAUGAGAAACGUGUCAACAAUUUUACCCGGUCCACAAAAUAUCCCGACAUGCUUAGUUUAUCAAGCUCUUCGCAACCUGCCGCCUUCCAACAGAGGCCUCGUAUCAACGCACGCAGACAUCACGUACCGGUCGAGCUUACACAAGGAGAUUCGGACGAUGAUGAAGAUGUCUUCAGUAAUACAACUGGCGUUGCAUGCGACAGCUGGGUUCUCACCUCGCACGACGAAAAGGGCUGCCUGGGCGGGUUCUGACACACUUGAAGUGUCAUUGCAUAAUCUCCAUUAAGCUAUUGUGACAUAAGUUUCUAUUUUUAUUUUAAGUUCCAUUCUUGUUUCUCUUAUAACGAAACCAAUACCCUCUCAUUUUCAAUGGUUAAUCUGUCGAACCGCCGUUCAAUGGUGAACAGGCAACUCAUGCCGCUCGUUGUUCUGUUUAAUAUAUCUUCCUACUUAUCGAUUAUGCUGAUUGACUUCUCUUACAAUGUAACAAUACAUUGUUGUAGUAUGUGCAUAUCCUCUGUAUCCAAUACAUACAGUACUUUGAAGGCCCCC